ACCCUCAAUUCAAUGACUUCGCUAACGCUCUGAAAAUUAAAAAUAAUGAAUGAAAUUAUAAAUAUAAAAAGUUACAUUAAAUUAAACAAGAAAGCCUUCGAUAUUAAUAAAUCACAGUAAAAAUAUGCCACCAAAUUGCUGUAUUUUUUAUAAGAAUAUUUCCUACUGCCAGUUAUGUUUACAAGAGGAAAAUAUGCACAUUAUGGGAAGCACGCGCGUGUGAGAUGACGACAGCAACUGUUUUACAGGUUAUAUAUAUUACUCGUAUAUCGCUCGAAUCAGUGAACUCCACGACCUAGCUGAAGCCGCAGCCGCGCCGACCUCAGUCAGUGUCAACAUGCAGUCUACGGCAGUGGCGGUCUGGACCACAGUCUGGGCGGUGAGCCACGUGCAGGCCUGGCACGUGCCAACCGAUGUCUACCUUGACGAGAAUGACGUGUGCCGGGACGAUGGAGACAAGACGUGGCGUUGCCGCAGAGCACGCGAGUGUGAGGUCCUCUGGGAGCUUUUCAUGAGUGGAGAGCUUAUCACGUGUUCGCUGGCCAACCGCCACAACCCACUGGUCUGCUGCCCUCCUCCAACCUCCAAUCACGUCAACCAGACUAUCAGUCAACAGAAGUGUCAAGAGUAUAAGGAGGCUCUGUGUCACCAGACAUCGGAGCUCAACCAGCGACUCGCCGGCGGGCCUCCUGAUACGCUGAUAGAAAGUACGUCACCUGUCACUAACGACACAGAAGAGGGAACGAAUUGGUUGGAGGAAGCGGGAGAGGAGGUACUGGACCAGGGUACCACCGUGACGUCACACAAUGUGUCAUUAUACGGCGGGGAGGCGGCUUGGGCGGGAGAACACCCACACAUGGCAUUGGUUGGAUUUGGACCAGAAAUCAGAAUAUUAUGGACGUGUGGUGGCUCUCUUAUCAGUGAGAGAUUCGUGCUGAGUGCAGCUCACUGUUCUGAGCUGAAAGGGUUAGGGAAGGCUCGGUGGGUAUUGCUGGGAGCGAUAGACAUCAGAGACAAGGACAGCCCUAUGCGGCAGCAGUUUCAGAUAGUAGAACAUUACGUGCACAAAGAUUACCACAGUCCUCUGCUCUACAACGACAUCGUACUGUUCCGACUGGACAGGGACGUUCAGUUCACGAUGUUUGUGGUGCCUGCGUGUCUCUAUCAGGGACUGACUGAGCCCGAGGGAAGGGCAGUGGUCACCGGGUGGGGCCGCAACGAGUCUGCUGGUCCUACUAUGAAUGUUCUACAAAAGGCAACCCUAUCCUUUCUGUCCCCUGAAACUUGCAAGGAGAGAAUGGGGGUUGAUAUGGAGACCUACCCGGAGGGUAUUCAUCCACCUUCACAGUUCUGCGCCUGGGAACACCGCAAGGAUACCUGCCGGGCGGACUCUGGUGGUCCAUUGGUGAAGGCCGAAAAGGACAGCUGUCUCGCCGAGCAAGUCGGCAUUACGUCAUUUGGACCUAGAGCAUGUGGAGAAACUGAUAUUCCCGGAACUUACGUCAGGGUGGCGUACUUCUUGCCUUGGAUAGAGUCUAUCGUCUGGCCUUCACGUUGAUAGUUGUCACCUCUUUAGUCAUUAACUGAUUUUAUCUUUCUUGUAUGCAUUUUAAAUUGUUCAUCAUACAAUUGUUUAUAUUGUUAUUUAUUAAACCAAACCAACCGUUUUAAAAAACCUACUUAUUUAAAAAUAUGUAUAACUAAAAUUACCCUACAACCAAAAUUAUCCUAUAACCAAAAAUGCGCUAUAAUAAAAAUAAACCUGUAACCCAACUAAUAAGUUUAAUUUUAAUAGCCCACUCU